CCGUACCCCUUUUGCUCUUUUUGUCCCCUUUCCCUUUAAAAAUUUACUCGCAAAAUUUUCAUUAUUUCUAAAUUAAUCAAAAACUUAAACAAAAACAUCAAAUCGCACAAUGAGUUCUGGAAUUCGCAUGCCAGGGAAAAAGAGCUCUGGCUCGUCGGGUAUGCGCACGAUGGGCGCGCGGCCUGUUCCCGCCAAGCCCAGCAUCCGGCGCCAGCCACCACCACCAGCAUCACUGACACAGAGACCGGGCGGCCCGGGGCAGGGCAACUGGGGCAAAGGUGAAGGCGACGGCGACAUCCCUCUGGCAGCGGCCACAGGGGUUGCGCCUCCACAGCCCGAGGUUCGCAACUCGGUCGAGUACACGCUCGUAUCUUCGCGGCUGCCGCGCACACAUAACGUCAUGCGGCUGCUAUCGCCCAAGCAGGUCGAUUUUGAUGCAUUCACAGGGCCUGUGAAGCUGCGGCGGCGCAACAAGGAGUACUAUCGGCUGAAAAAUAAGAAGCGCAAUGAGGAGCGCGCGGCAGCACUGGAGCAGGAGAUGCAGAAGAACAGGGCUGAGGGAUUGGACACUGGCGCCAAAGAGGAGGUCAAGGAGCGGCCAAAGGCUGAUAUGAAUCUGAUUGCAGACGUUGGCGGGGCGCGUAGCAACAAAAAGAACUUGUUCAAGAAGCGCACGAAGCAGGUGUACAUGGCUGACGAGGACAAGCGGCGGCUGGACAUUGAAGAGGCGCGGCCCUGGGUGCUUGAAGAUGAUGACGAAAAGGAGGUGUGGACAGGAUCGCUGGAGGGUGGCCAGAGCUCCUCGUACGUGCUUUUCGUGCUGACUGAGGACGGCUUCAAGGUCGUGCCUGUAGAUCGCUGGUACAAAUUCACGCCCAAACUCAAGUUUAAAACGCUUACGCUCGACGAGGCCGAGGAGGAGAUAAGGCGCGCUCAGAAGAACGAAGUCCACGACCGCUGGAUGAUGCGACCAGAGAAGAAGGACGACGACGACGAGGGCUCCUCAAAAGCAAAGAAACCCAAAGUGUCGCUUGUCGAGUAUGAGGUCGACGACGAUAUUUUUGGCGAUGACGAUGAGGACGAAGAUGCGCCCAGAAGCAAGCGCGCCAAGAAGGGUGACGGCAGCAACAAGCACGCCGGCAUCGACGAGUAUGACUUUGAGAUGGAGUUUGAUGACGAUGAGGAGCUCGGCGAUGUUCAGUUCGAGUACAACCAAGAGGAAACCAACGAGAAGAAAGAGCAGAAGCGCAUGGCCAACAAGUCUGGCUACGAGUCGGAGGAGGAAGGGGACGGCGAGGCCGAUGUGGAGAAGGAUCUGUUGGCUCCCGAUGGCCAAAGCUUGAAGAAGCUCCUUCGCAAGCGCGAGGGCAACGACGGAUUCCAAUCCGAGGAGGAGGAAAAUCCGUACCUGUCAAUCUCCGAAGUGGACAGCGACGAGUCUGAUGAAGAGCCCGAGACAAAGCCCGAGGGGGUUGAGAAGGAAGACAAGCCCGCAGACCCUGCCGCCGACACCAAGAGCCCGGAUGGCAGUGCGCGCAGUCCCGACAAAUCAGCAGCUUUGUCGCCGUCUUCUUCAGCUGCUGCUGCGGCUGCUGCCACCGCAGCCAAGAAGCGCAAGCGUGUGUCUACUGCGCCAACCUCUUCUUCCUCUGCGUCCAAGUCGCAUCCAAAGUCAGACUCUGCCGGCGCAAGGCCGCCUGGCCAGCCGGGGUCGUCGAGGCCCUCUGGUGGAUCCGACCUUAUCACGAAGCAGGAGAUCAUUGACCUGAUCAAGAGCGGAGUCAACACCACCAAAGAGCUCAUCGGAUGCGUGCGCAGGAAGCUCAAGGCCAAUCCUGCCAACAAGAAUCUCAUCCAGUCCAUUGUCAAGGAGGUGGCCACCCUCAAGGAUAGCAUCCUGACUCUGAAGAAGGUCUGAAUGCCACCUCACCUCCUUUUCACCUAUCUUUCCAUACCUAUCCCCUACACAUCCAUAUUUUCUACCAUUGAUGAGCACAUUGAGGUUGGCAUUGCCACUCUUCUUUUCUAUGCGUGAUAAUUGAAUAUUAUUUUGGAACGAA